AUGUUCGUCCAAACUAUCCUUCUGAUCCUCCUGCCUCUGGUGGUUUCUUACUUCAUCAAACGGAUCCGCUACUCCCGCUUCCAGAAGUAUGCCGACUGGCCGCAACUCCCUCCCUCCCUCAUCUGGGGCCACAUGAAAGCGCUCCACGAGUUUAUUGCCCGAGGUGAGGAGAGAAGGCAUAUCGACAUCGUAUUUCAAGAGAUCCAGGAACAUCUGGGGAAUCCCCCUCUCGUUCUCUACGAUCUCCGGCCUGUAGAGUUUCGACUCUGUGUGGUUGGGAGUCAUGAGGUCGCAGAACAAAUUGCCCGGAGCUCCAAGAGCUUUCCGUACAGUAUGAAGAAGUCACCCACGAUGGGCGCGCUGGAGCCUUUGUUGGGACCGUAUUCCAUCAUCACGCAGCAGGGAGAGCACUGGAAGGGUCUACGCAAGCGGUUCAACCCGGGAUUUGCGCCUCAGCACCUCGUUACUUUGCUGCCAUGUAUCCUGGACAAGGCGAUACAGUUCACUGAUAUUCUUGACGGGUACGCUCGUAGUGGAGAGGAAUUAUCCCUCGACGAGCGAUGCGUCAGCCUUACCUUUGAUAUUAUCGGCGCAGUAACAAUGGACAAAGACUUCCAUGCCCAGCUAGACCGCAGCAAGCAGGAUGAACUCGUCCGUCUCUACCGUGAGCUAACGACCACAUACCGUAGAGGCAGCAGUGUGCAAUGGGACUGGCUGGACCCCCGCAUGAACUGGAGGCGUCGAACUCUAUCCCGACGCAUCGAUCACCUGAUAGCUGAACACAUCAAAACGAAGUUUGCUGAGCUCAAGUCCAAAUCGACGGAGAAGCGCUCCCGGAGUGUUCUCUCUCUAAGCCUACAGGACAUCGACCAACUUAAUCCCCUUGUCAUUCAGGAAACAUGCGACCAGCUCAAAAGCUUCCUUUUCGCCGGUCACGAUACCACCAGUGUCGUAUUGCAGUGGACCUUCUAUAUCCUCAGUCGCACCCCACGCGUGCUGGAUAAAGUUCGCCGCGAACUAGACGACCUCUUCGGCCCAGACCCGUCCCCCGCAGCCGUGCAAGAGAAGCUCCUAGCCCCAGGCGGAGAAGAACUCCUACAGCGGAUGUCCUAUACCUCUGCUGUGAUCAAGGAAAUUCUGCGACUGUACCCUCCAUCCGGAUCAGCGAGAUACAUGCCCCCAGGCUCAGGCUUCAACGUGCAAUUACCAGACGGGAAGACGCUCUGCCUAGACGGAGUGGUCAUCUAUCUCAACGCGACACUCGUCCAUCGUGAGGAGAAAGUGUACGGACCGACAAAAGAUGAAUUCAUCCCCGAGCGGUGGCUGGGAAACACCGAUACCGGUCUAGGACUGAUCCCGGAUGGCGCGGAGAAUCAGGGGGAUGGGGAUGGUUCGGUCGCAAGCGCCCAUGUUCCCGCCAGCGCGUGGAGACCGUUCGAGCGCGGCCCGCGCAACUGUAUUGGUCAAGAGCUAGCCAACCUGGAGGCCCGGGUAAUCCUGGCGUGUACGGUUCGGCGCUUCGAUUUCGAGAAGGUGGGCGUGGGAGCACUUGCGCGGGAUGCGACUGGGGCGCCUAUCUUGGAUGCUGCUAAGGGGCAGUAUGAGGUGGAGACGGAAUUGUUUAAUACUAUGCAGGUCACCGCGAAGCCUAUUGAUGGGACGGUGGUGAAAGUUCAUCUUGCUGAGAGAGCCACCUAA